GAGAGGCGAGCGAAACGGCAUGGCCGGGGAGGACUUUGGGUUCGCUAACGAGGAAGACGAGGGGAACUUUGGCUUCGGCUGGCCCUCCGACACGUUCAGGGGUUGGUGGAGCGAGGGCACGCCGGAAGAGGAGUACGAGGACAGCGUAUUCAGCCUCUACACGACCAAGACCCUCGACGCCGACGUCAGCUACACGGCCAUCAUCGACCGUAUGUCCGGCCUCAAGUCCAGCUGCGGCCACCCGGCAAACCAUUCGGCUUUCUACGCCUGGGUCGACGACACGACGACGUUCUACAAGAUGUUCGGGAAGGUUGACUGGACCAUCCGGGAGACCGAAGAGAUUCCGAUGAGCUGCUACGUGGCCCCGGCCACCCUCACGUUCGAUCCCCCUCUCCCCCAGACAAUGACCCACAUCACCGUUGGCUUCCAGCCAGCCAGAGACCUCGUAGCGGGGGACAACGUCACCGUGAACCUCAAGGGUUUCACUUCGGGGGAGGGGAAUGGGACCGAGGGGAGAGAUUUCCUGUACGGAGACCUGCUGCUUGCCGGCGAAUCAUCCAACGGAAGCACCUGGCUCGCGUCCUGGGAAGAGGGCACAUACGUGGAGGGCGAGCGGGGGUACGAAGACUCGAUGCUUCGGCUUCAGGCCUUAGCGCCAGUGCCGGCGGGGGAACUGCACGAGGUCACGGUCUACAGGAGCAACGGGAUACGGGCACAGUGCGGGAUGGGUGAGAACGAAACCACCUCGACCAUCUCGGUGGUGUCGGCCUCCGACCCUCCUUGGAACUCUACCGGGGAGUUCACAUUUUCGCAAGCGGUCGGGCCCGGCUGCCGAGAGCUCAACUACUGCUCCGGACAAGUUGGCCGCGCCAUUCAUCUUUCCUUCAGAUCCAAGAUCGUUUGUGAUGAGUCUUUCACUAUGGGCGUCGGAAGGCGGAAAUGUGGAAAGCGUCCGGCAAUCUUGCAGCCGAAUGGAAAGGAUAUGGGACUCGUUGCCUCUCCCGCAAACUCGGGUUCGGACCCUCUAGUCUCAUUCCCGUUCUGCCGACCCUCGACGGCGGUGGCGGCGAGCAGGUCACCCCGGCCUGAUCCAGAGACUUCCCACGCGAUGGCAGAGUGCUCCAACAUGGGAACCUGCAUCCGCAGCUUCGGGAUAUGCCUGUGCGAAACGGGCUACGCGGGGCGGGCCUGCGAGAGGCAAGCCGACAUUCAUAUCGACAUGCAGCCAAGUGUUUCUCAACCAAAGUACGCCUGUCCCGAGGACUGUUCGGGGAACGGCGCGUGCCGCAACAUGCGCGAGAUGGGGAUGAUGCGCACGGCGGAGCCCCUGGUAAACUCCUCCACCGAAGCUUCUUCUUCGAGUCGGGGGGACUCCGCGGAUGGGUUCGAAGUGGUAUACGGGUGGGACUCGCCGGAGGGGACGGCGACGUGGGAGUCCCGGUCUAUGUUUGGGUGCGUCUGCGACUCUUCUUGGGAGGUGGGGCUGGGGCGAGGUCAGACCCAGCAAGCGCAGUACUUCGGGCCGGACUGCUCGAUGUUGCACUGCCCGACCGGGGACGAUCCUGAUACGCUAAUCGACGAAACGGACUGUGAAAAUAAAACUGCCGAUGGCGGGCGAGGGGUAGGAUCAGCAGGAAACCUAUGCCAUGUGGAUUGCUCGAAUCGCGGAAUCUGCGACUACACGACUGGCGUGUGCAGCUGCUUCGACGGCUACCAUGGACAGGCGUGCAACAGCAAGCAAAGCGACGGCUACGGCUUCAACACCGUCGGUUUGUAGCGCGUACGGACGAUCAAGCGACAAACUCGGGCGGGAGACAAGGGACAGAAGAACCCUCCUGCGAGGACCCGGGUGACCCGAGAAGGGCUGAAGCCUUCUCUUCGCCGCAGGCAGCUUGCUUGAGUAAUCGUCGUCAUUAGGGUCCUGCCGGUACUGCCAGGCGCAGCCUUGAUGUUUCAGGGCGUCCUGUACUGUUUUGCAUUUUGUUGGAUGUGUAUCUCAUACGAUCUCGCGUUCGUGCUUCGAGAAUGCUUGUGAAAUUGGAGGUGGAUUUGGCUGCUGCUUCGUGUGUACAUGGUGAUCGCUUCCGUGUGUUUGGAACACCACGUUGGAACUGCGGCGCUAAUUCGUCCGGACUACAUGAGCAAGCCAACGCUUGCAUUUGCUACGAUCACUGGUCUAACGCGCGUACUCCACGCGUUUGAUGAUGCUCCUAGCUUCAGCAGCCAUGGCCUUCAUCGCGUUUGUAGUUUACUGCGGGAAAUUCGUCGGUUAUGCAUUGAAUCAUGGCAGGAGGGACGGAUGGCGCAAGAGGCACAAUAUAUUUAGAGAUUUUAAAGUAAAAUUGGUUGUUAAUCGUGCAUUGAUGCAUGGGCUGGGUGUGCGGCGGUCGGGGCGAGAGUUCCACUAUAAUGUCAAAAGGCAGCUCUCAGCGACACCAAAAAGGUACAGCAGCGUCUGUCUAUGGUUUCAAGAGAGAAUGUUGUAGAGCAGGUCGGAGUAUGGGGGAGUGUUUUGCUCGUCCCGGCCGUGUUCGAUGUAUGAAAGAAGUUGUCGAAAUGCUGCUGUUUUCUCCGAAACCGAACCGAAG